GAACAGAGUAAGGUCCUUCUCGGAGAGUGAAAAUCUAAAAGAGCAAUUUCGUCCUUGAUUAAAGAACAAUGCAAUGCGCUUUGGAUCUUGAAUGAAAUAGAAUAUGAUAUACAGCAUUAUGAUGCUGAUAUUCUGGUUCUUCGAUUUUCGACAAAGGGGAUAAUGCUGGCAUGCAUUGUUCCCUUAUUGCUGACCGAUAAUAACCCCGCAUGUCAAAAGACUCCAGUGAAGCUAAUAACAUACAUGAUUUCAGUCAUUCUAUUCAGAUUGAUCAGCCGUUUGUUAUUCAUCUGUUGUGUGGUGUACUGCAUACUGCAUAAGAGAAUGCGUAAAGGGUACCGAAGGUAAAAGUCGGCGCCAUCUUGAUCAGAGUUGAUAAUCACACGAUUAUAGAGGAGGACAUUAAUUAUUUCUCUUAGGAACAAACGACAUUUUUUUUCUUCUGUUGAGCAGAGUUCCCGAGACUUGCAGAUUCCAGCAUAACCCGGAAUUUAGAGGAGACUUUACUUCGCACAAAAAGACUGCUCGUUUACAAUCACCGCUUUUAUCAGAGAUACGACUGGCAUGGACAAGGGGUCAUGAAAUCUGGACAGAAAACCCGUUUGAGGGGUGAUGCUGGACUAGAGGUUCAAGUACAGGAGUGGAUGAGCGUCGAUGAGGAGACUCGUAUUGCAUUAAUGGAUGAUCUGGAGAUGCCCUUCGAGAACAUCAUUACCAUUCUGGCUCAACUGUGCCCAGAAGUGAAGCAUAUCAGCAUUGACAGCGACGACUUAAUCGUACAUCAAGAUAGAUCCAAUGUCAAACCGAUGAAGUCGGCUCUCACCAUUUGCUUGGAGUACCAUGAUGGUGAUUCGCUUGAAGAUGCACUGUUGGCUAUUGGUGAUUGUUUCCCAAAUGCAGAGAGGCUAGAUCUGCGAUGUGAAGAUGUAGAUUUCCCGCCCACCGAUGAGCAAGACAAUGACAUCACUCCGUUGUCUUCUUUGAGAGAGUGUAGAAUAAGAGUCUGGAAGACAUAUCAUCUCGACAGGUUCCUCUUUUUCCUUAGUUCUUUCUGUCCGGAUAUUGUAUCACUCGUUUUAUCUACGCCUAGACGUUUGAUAUCUCGAAAGUCAACUAAAGACAUUUCAUCGUGCAAAUUUCCUCAUCUGACCAACAUUCGCCUUGAACCCUUUGCAGAUUAUGAUUUCUACAUACUUGAAUCAUUAACGAAUGUACUGCACGUGGGUGAUGUAAUGAGUCCACUCUUUAACUCUGUUGAAGCCAAAAAGGUGCAGCUUGGAGGUGUAGAACUGACCGCCGUUAGAUGGUACCGUACAUCUUCAUCUUGUGAGCUGCAACUUGAAGGGGCAAGUGGAGUCGUACCUAUGGCCGACAUGAUGCAUCUAUUGUUCAACGAAUUCAAAGGAAUUACCGUCCUGACAUUUGACAGAUGUGAUCUUGACUUGUCUUCAUCUGAAGCACGUCCGCUUCGCGCUGGAGGCACGUCUCUUCGGGAAAUCAAGUUUGUACAUAUGGAACACUGGCUGUCGCAAUCGGACACAGACACGCUUUCGGAGACGUUUCCCAAUGUCAAGAUCACAACAAAGCAUGCAAGUCAGGAUUUGUUAGCAGGAUCUAAGCAGGGUACAAGGGUGUCUUCCGAGUUGAGGGAAAGGACCUUUGCUCCAUCAACAUCAGCGCAGGCUUGUUCUGAAGAAGACCUUGUAGGUGCAGCUGCAGUGGUCAAAGUUCAUGAACAGACCGACGUCCAGAUCCCUGAAGUGGGAAAAAAAAGGGUUGUGGAAGGAGAGGAAUGUGACAUGCCACAGGAAAGCCUGUCCCAUGCAACAGGAAAAGAUGAUUUACCGCGAGGUAGUACCAAAGCAAUCAAACUGGAAUGUAUCAAGAGAGUUGGAAGUGAAGGUGGCAAACUUCAGCUAGAGUCAUUUGGAAUUGAGCUUGAGAUACCUCCUGGUGCAAUCGACAGCAAAGAGACAAGGGAACUUCUUCUUCGUGUGCUGCCAGACACUCCUAAUCUUGGUGACAGCGAAGAGGAGGUGUCAGUCUGCUUUGGUGUACAGUGUUUAGCACCUGGCGACCUAGUCCUGAGGUUACCCGUGACUUACACCAUACCUCACUGUGCGAUGGCUGCACAAACCUCGAGUCUUGAGGCAGUAUUGUACACAGGAGAGGGAGAAUACACAUUCAAUGCAGUUAUUAAGGAGCGAAUUAUGUUGCCGAGGUCUGGAGUACCAAGCUGUAACAUCAUUAAGGAUGUACUCACACUCAAGAUGGACCACUUUUCUUGGGCAAAGAUUAUGAUCAAGAUGAAUAAUUUAUCCUUCCGCGGAAAGCAGAUGCGCUGUCGGCCAUUUAGAGAGAAAAAACUCACUUGGAAGGUCAUCUUACACACCCACCUUUAUAGAAAGGUGAAAGGGAACAAGGAGUUGUUAGAAAUGGAAGAAGAGAAACAAGGAUUCGUACCUGCUCAUGUGGAACAACCGGUCUAUAUAAUGGUCGCAGGGGUUGGUCUCAAAAUGCAAUGCAAUGCCGAAUGCAAGAAAAUGGCAGAAUGUGUUGUAUCUUACAAAAGACUAAGAUGCGGAGGUAGAAUCUGUGUGCCGUUUGAAUUAUAUUUCCCCAGUCAUCCAGACAGUGUUGCAUUGUCACUUAAAGUAGGGCAGAGUGAAGAACUAGAGGAAACUUUCAUCUUCCCCUUGGAUUUCACGGCUCCACAAGAUAAAGGAGGUGGAGGAGGAGAGCUUGAUAUGAGGAUCGUCGAGAUCACCGAAGUGAAUCUGAGGGACCUUUCCAACAAACUGGGCUCAGAAUGGAGGACGGUUGGAACUUUUCUAGGCUUCGAUAACUCAGAAAUCCAAAUCAUACUCGAACAGCAUACCAAUAUCAAGGAAUGUAUUUUUCAGAUGUUGCUUCGCUGGCGAAAAGUAAAAGGCGCCGAGGCUACAAAGGAAAGAUUAAAAAAGGUGCUGAGGCGAUCGGGACGCGAAGAUUUGACAUUUAUUCUGGAAGACUCGGAUGAUAUGGAAUUAUGAAUCUGAUCGAAGUUAUUAAACAAUUCUUCCCGAUGGCUUUAGGAGAUCAAGAGCUAUCUUCUCGUCACUAGCCAUGUUCUGAUGUUUGAUGAUUCGUCAAGGGUCCAGGAUUAUUGUUUGAAUAAAACUAUCAACGAUCGAUGUUUAGCGCUGAUAACAUUUUCUAUGGUCCCGCCCUUUGUGAUUCGGUAGGUGCAUGAAACCACCAAAAGUCGUCAGAUAAAUGAUUUUUUUUUUAGUUGAAGAACUAAUUCUAAAAUAAUAUAUCCUCAGCUUUAACCUGAUAUGUAACAAGUCAUCACUGGAAGUUAAACAAACGAAUGAGUAUAAUAUGAAUAAUGAUUAUUCUUCUAUUGUCAUGCUGGAGAAAGUGUGGAGAAAUGCAUAUGAAAUGUAAACCCCUUAUCUAUAAGGACAAAACGUAAUCAAUCAGCAAAAUGCUGGAAAUGUUUGAAUUGAACUUUGUUUACUUUUAUUUUAUUUUUAUUUUAUUUUAUGCCCCAGCUCAGUUCUAGCUGUCACACCCAACCUGAAGCUUCGUUUGCCUAUUGUUAAAAUAGCAAUUUCGAAUCGUGAACAGAGUUGUUCAAAUAAGUUGCAAUAUCAGUUUUGAUUUUCUUGGAUCGAAAAGUGCAAAGAAAUUAUUAAAAAAUAUUGUUCAGCUUGGUCAAAACUUAUUCUUUGACACAGUUUGAAAAUCUGCAUUUUUGCGCAAACCAAUCUUUGAGCUUUACAAGUGGGCAGUGCAAUAUGCUCAUUCAAGCACAUUCGGGCAGUAAUCAUACUGGCAUCUCAUAGAAGAGACUGAAGCCCAAGAAUUUAUGUGAAAAAUAUCUACAUAUUAUUAUUGUAAAUUUAAAACUUGCCAGGACCUUUUCAAGAUGUGAACUUUUUAUUGAUACGCAGUGUAUGUAUUGUUUGUAACACCAAAUACCUGAUACUGAACUCAAUGAAACGGUGUACUAAACUUACUACCAGCUACAUCAUCAAAGUACAGCAAUGCAGCUUGAAAGAAAUAUAUGAAUUUAUGUGAUAUCAUAAAAUGAAUGCUUUAUUUCAACAUUUUGAGUGCUUUCAUACGUUUUUGUUCAAUUUACUUUUCGGAUGAUUAGAUGUAUAUUUUGGCAUGUGUACAAUCAUGAAGAUAUAUAUACAGGGUAAGUCAGUAUGGUUUUUGUAGUGCAAAUGAGUGUCGAGUGUUCACUUCUUUAACUAUUGUCGUAACUUUUAUCUUACAUAACAAUAAUUAUUUUAGUAAACUGAUUUAUUCGUCUAAGUAAAGCUAUUAGCAAUUUCGGUUGUAAUUUUUGAUUUGCCAACAUGCAUUACAUUAAUAUUUAUUAUAACAUGCAAAACCAAAUGUGUGCAAGAAGGUAUGUUGUAUUUGGUGCAAAGCACCCCCCUCCCUCCCCGAAAAAAAAAUUAAUACAAAAAUGCUUCUUCAGAAUGUACCGUGUCACAGUUCCUUCAUCAUAGAAUACUUCAACUUAUCUAAUAAUCAUACCAGUGGAAGAUUUUUUGUUAUCAUCAUGUUUGCGAAGACAAAAAUAAAUGUCUUGUAUCUUAUUAUUUUAUUUAAAAUGUGUAAUACUCAUGUCUUUCAAAUUACACACGACAGUGCUGCCAUUUUCUAUCUGUUCCAGUAGACUAUAGUGUGGGCCUUGUGUUAGUUAUUGAAAUAGCUAGGUAAUGGAAUGAAUAUUGUUAAGUAAAGCACAUGCACGCUUUUCAUUAAAUAUAAGAAUUACCUUUUCAGAUUUCCAAUUGUUCUAUCAAUCACAUUUAUCAUUUUGGAAUGGUUUGGACAACAUGAAUAAAAGUAAAUAGCUGUAAAUGUCUUUAAAUUCGUUUUGAUGACAUUUAAAUCUAUGUAUUUUUAUUUAUUUCAAUGUUUGUAAUGAUGUUUGUAAACAUUACUAGGCGACCGGUGAUAGGAGAAUUAACCUUAGGAACUAUAGUGUCCUUUUCGCUAUCCAAGAUCGGUCUUUCAAUUUUCUUGUAUUUGUAAUUUUUUGUAUUUUGCCAGAAAUAAAAUAAAUAAAUGAAAAUAAGCAUC